AUGUACGCGACCGCGGCGAUCCCUUUAACAUGGGAUCAAGGAUCGGCGUCCACAUUACCUUCUCUUUUGGGCUUCCAGGAACAGUUCGGUAUCAGCUCUAAACUCGGUGCGCAUUCGACGAAGAACUUUGUCUCUCUCGUCUACAUCGGUGAUGCAGCCGGCGCCGCUCUAUCGUUCUUCAUAAACGACCGUAUCGGACGUCUCUGGUCUUACCGUCUUUACACCAGUGUUUGGAUAGUUGGGCAACUGGUUGCCAUUUUCAGCCCUGGAAAAGCGGCAUUAUACGCCUCUCGAAUCAUUUCUGGGUUAGGAAUUGGCUCUCUCAGUGUCAUCGGCUCGGUCUCUAUUGUCGAACUAGCUCCCACCGAAAUCCGAGGGUUGCUGACUGCAUGGUAUUCUGUGUUUAUGGUGAUGGCAUUGAUGCUUGCUACAUUUUGCGUGUACGGGGUGCAACUACACAUGGAAGCAAAUCGACUUCAAUAUCAGGUCGUGAUGUUCUCGCCUUGUGUGUUCAUGGCGCUGUGGCUUGUGGCCAGUUUCUUCCUCUCCGAGUCGCCUCGCUGGCUACUUUUGAGGAACCGAGAUCAAGAGGCAGAGAAGGCUCUUGUUAGACUUCGUUGUUUGCCACUUGAACACGAUCGCGUUCAACAAGAGCUCCGAAGUAUAAAAGACUCCAUCCGGUCGGAGACUGAAGCCUGCGAUCACGAUGAUCAUUCACCAUCUAAGAUUGUCAGUAUCGCAAAAGAGACAUUUACAGUGCCGUCAAACUUGCGCCGUGUCCAACAAGCCCUGAUCCUUUACGCGUUCCCACAAUUUUCGGGCGGAAACUCCAUAACCAAUUACUUUAUCCCCAUUCUUGAGGUCAUUGGCGUCGCUGGAAGUUCCACGCGGAACCUUUUCCUCAACGGAAUGUAUGCUAUGUCAAAGUUUUUCUUCGGCUUACUUGCAUCCUUUGUUUUCAUCGAUGCUCUGGGGCGCCGCAACACACUUUUCACUGGCAUAACCCUUCAACUGCUCUCCGAUAUUUAUCUUGCAGUAUAUAUUAAAGUGCAAAAUGAUGGCUCCCCGCCUCGUGCUGCAGGCGAGGCAGCACUUGCAUCAAUCUUCAUCCAUUCGUUGGGAUAUACUAUCGGCCUUCUCACUCUUCCAUACGUAUUUGGGGGAGAGUUAUGGCCCAACCGAAUCAGGUCCUUUGGUGCGUCACUGUCACAGACCUUUCACUGGCUGUUCCAUUAUGCUAUGAGCUAUGCCUUACCAUCCUUGUUAACGCGAACCGAUAACUGGGGUGCUUUCAUCUUCUUCGCAUCCUGGUGUUUUGCUGCUCUUAUCUACGUGUAUCUCCUUGUACCAGAGAUCGCGGGGCUCAGCGUGGAAGACAUCGAUCGCGUGUUUAAUGGGCCAUGGCGGGUUUUCAGUAGGAAACCAAGGCCCCAUGAAGAGCCUUCAGCCAUUGAAGGGCAAGAUUUCGAUCAAAAGUUAGAUGGGAGCAAAACCAAGUCUUUUUCAGUGACGAAAUAUGCCCAGUCAAGCGAUGAACAAAUCCAUGCUACGCCCCAGUGCUUUUUUGAUGUUCCUCCAGAUGGUGUUCUGAGGAAUGAUGCAUACGUUGCAACCUUAGAAGCACGUAUCCAGUCGCUGGAAAGUCAACUGCGCGAAAGUAAACCACAACAGCCAGAGGCAGGGCUUACUCCUGAGACGACUUGUUCUGAGCCCCAGGUUCCUGAACGAAAUGGAGAGACCGUCGAAAGAAUCACCCAAGCAACCCAGCUUUCUGGACAAGAGAGCUAUUUGCCAAACAACGUAUCGAGGCCCGAGAUUACGAUUAUGGAAAUGGUGUAUGGACGUGCUUUCGUUCCAGGGUUCGAAGAAGACGCGCUCCCUGCGCUUCCUUCUAGCAACGGAGCGAGAAAACUGGUGGAUGCAGCUUAUUUCUAUACGCAAGCAAGGUAUUGUAUUGUGGACUGGACUCAGUUGCGUGAAUGGCACGAACAUCGGGAUCAGAUCGCCUACAUCUCUACCCAAGCCCCAGUCAAGACCCAGACUGGCAAAAUCGUUUCCAGUGAUCCGUCAGAAGCGCCUGGGAUUCUACAUUCGUUGUCCAAUCAGGAGACCCAACAAGCUACAUUUGGAGCAAGUUCGGAGACACUGGAAAUGGAACAAAUGGCGAUUCAAUACAACUCUAUUUUGGGUGGGCAAUCGUCUGUAGUACUCGGAACCAACUUUCCACUAGAUAUGCCUCUGGAUCUCUCUCCGCUUUACGCGCCAGAUGCUGAAACAGCAGACUUGUGGAUUGAGCCAUGGUUACAUCUCUCAUCUGCCGAUUUCUCAUAA